UCCCCCCCCCCCUCCCCCCCGCACGGCCGGUAGCACAUGACGCGGGAACCGCCGAUGGUGGCUCACGGCGCCGAGCGCUCCCCGUCGGUGCGACAUCGCCGCGCUCCGGUAGCAUCGCCGGCUAACGUGAGCUAACAACAUCGAUCUUUCAUCCAGCCCGCCGCCUCCCUCCCCCCGUCUCUCUCUCUCGCUCUCUCCCCCCGGCCGAGCCCCCUCACCAGCAGCUGAUUGAUAGCUGGACCACCGAGGACACUCCCUCCCUCCCUCCCCCCCCCCACACAACAUCCUCGACCGUCCGCCGCCCCGCGCAGGAAGCCCACCCUCUUUUCUCUGCCCAGAUUCGGGGCCCGUGAGCAGAGAAGCCCCGGAGCUCUGACCCGAGAUUUUCUCAUCUCCAUCCCGCUCCUCCAUCCUCCAUCCUCCUCCUCCUCCGUUGCCUUUUUCUCGGGGUCCGUCUCUCUUCUACCUCAACAACCCCGAUGCCUCCCCGCCCCCGUGCGGCUGCACCAUCACCCCGACUCUGAUCAACCGCCUCGGCUGCUUUUGACAAUCCGACCGGGGGAGCGCUGCUCGGCGGGCACUGACUGCGGUGAACCCCGGUGGACACAUCCGCUUCCCUCCUCCAUCCUCCUCCUGUCGCUGCAGAGGGAAGCUCGCUGGUUGGUCUGUCCCACUUUCACACCCCCACACUACGGAUCUACUCCCUACAACACCCACCCCCCCCUCCUCAGCUCAGCUUGUCCGUGAGCCCCACCGCAGCGCCCGAGCCACGGGUCUCGCCAUGCCGGGUCCGGUGGCCGGUAGCAAGUCCCGUGUGUACGCAGACGUCAACACGCUGAAGAGCCGGGAGUACUGGGACUACGAGGCCCACGUCCCCAACUGGAACAACCAGGAGGACUACCAGCUGGUUCGUAAGCUGGGCCGAGGGAAGUACAGCGAAGUGUUCGAGGCGAUCAACAUCACCAACAAUGAGAAGGUGGUGGUCAAAAUCCUAAAGCCGGUCAAGAAGAAGAAGAUCAAGCGAGAGAUCAAGAUCCUGGAGAACCUGCGAGGAGGGACCAACAUCAUCCGACUGGUGGACACAGUCAAAGACCCAGUGUCCAGAACUCCAGCGCUCGUCUUUGAAUGCAUCAAUAACACAGACUUCAAGGAGUUGUACCAGAAGUUGACAGAUUACGAUAUUCGUUUCUAUAUGUAUGAACUACUGAAGGCUCUGGACUACUGUCACAGUAUGGGAAUCAUGCACCGUGACGUCAAACCACACAAUGUGAUGAUUGAUCACCAGCUGAGAAAGCUACGUCUAAUAGACUGGGGAUUGGCAGAGUUCUACCACCCGUCCCAGGAGUACAACGUCAGAGUGGCCUCACGAUACUUCAAGGGCCCCGAACUGCUGGUGGACUACCAGAUGUACGAUUACAGUCUAGACAUGUGGAGCUUGGGCUGUAUGUUGGCCAGUAUGAUCUUUCAGAAAGAGCCCUUCUUCCACGGACAAGACAACUACGACCAGUUGGUGCGAAUUGCAAAGGUGCUGGGGACGGACGAGCUGUUCGGAUACCUGCGUAAAUACCACAUUGAACUGGACCCGCGCUUCAAGGACCUGCUGGGACAGCAGAGCAGGAAGCGCUGGGAGCAGUUUGUGCAGACGGAGAACCAGCACUUGGUGAGUCCAGAAGCUCUGGACCUGCUGGACAAGCUGCUACGCUACGACCACCAACAGAGACUGACGGCGACAGAGGCCAUGGAGCACCCAUACUUCUAUCCAGUAGUAAAGGAACAGUCUCUGUCAAACUCUGACAACAACAUGGUUUCCAGCGGCAACACGACAGCGCGGUGAAACACAGAGACGGAAGAAGAAGGAAGUUUGUUACCUCAACUUUGUUCCCGGUUGUGACAGUAACUUUUGACAAGUGUACAGUGACAAUGGAUCAAAGUAACUCUGACCAGUUACACACUCACAGAUACGUGCAAACGGAUUCACACACACAGCAGUGCAAGCACACCACACACACACACACACACACACGCACACACACACACACACACACACAUGCAGACAGACAUGCACACAAACACCCUCCUCCUCUGUAUCAGUCUGUGAUUGGCUUGUCCUGGUUCCCUAUCCAGCAGCCUGACCAAUGAGCUUGAAGCUGCUCCCCUGUCGUCCCCUCAAAUGGUCUUGUCCUCCCAGCUCAGUCUCAUGUAGGUCGACAGGGACAAACUUUUAAAGACAACUCAGCCUCCUCCUCCCUCUGUUCUCCCGAUAUCCCUCCUUUAUAUCGUCCCCUCUUUGUUUGCAUCAGCAUGGAGAAUGACCUGGAGCGUGAGCCUGUACAAGCCCCUCCUCUCUCAACCCCCAUCAUCCAUCUGUCUGUCUGUUCCCCCGUCUCUCCUCCCCCCACUCUCCAUCAUGUACCCCAACAGACAGACAGACGUCUUAGCACUACUCCAGUUCUGAAAGUGGCAUGGUGGACUCUCUCUAGAUAGAAUGAUGAUGAUAAUAAUAUUAAUGAAAAAUAAAUGAUUUUUAUUUAGAUGAAC